AUGGACGGGUCUGAAGAUGAUUUAGUGUUUGACUAUGAAGCUUUGGGUGAAGAUUUGAAAAAUGCGAAUGAAGAAAGUAUUGAGGAGCUUGAUAAUAUUAAUAGUGAAGAGUAUGAAGAAACUGGAG